UCUCUCUUUCUCACCCCAAACACUCAGAGUUGCCAGAGAUGUGAAGGAGAAAUGAAAGAGGAGCUCGAGGAUCAACAGGCAGCUUGACAAUUUGUUGCUUUCUGUGCUGCACUAACAGGCCUGUGGAAAGCCUAUGAAGAAUGGGAAGGGACUUCGGUUACUUUUCGAUCAAGAGAACUCGCUGUCAUGUGGAUGUACUUCAGUCGACUUCUGUUGUUGAUGCACUAAACAUGGCAAGUCCCUCAGCAGAGAGCUCGGGGAGGCUGCGUGGAGGGGAUUAUCAGGACCAAAAAUGAGAAACCUUUCUGUCUUUUAGAGGAGAAACUCCUGCAAAGAUGAACCCAGAAUCCCUGGACUCGUCCAUACAGAGCGCCCUCUCAGCCCUCUUCCCGCCUUUCGAGGCUACAGCACCCAUCGUCCUCAGCCAGCUGUUUCGCACCAUUGAGGAACGUUAUCACGGUGAUGCAUUGCAGUGCCUGCUGGACUUCCUCAUUCCCUCCAAACACCUACUGGAGAGUGUCCAACAGGCAGCAUGUGCUGGAUACUCUGAUGUGGUUUUCCGCUGUGAGGGCUGGCCUCUUUGUCUCCAUGACAAAACCGUCAUCCAGUUAGCACCUGUGAACCCUUUGCUGCUGCGUCCCGGAGACUUCUAUCUACAGGUGGAACCUUUUGGAGACCAAGCAGCCCGCAUUGUCCUGAAAAGUCUUCUGGAGGAGGGCUGUCGAGAAGUGGAGGAGACCCCAGUCCCUGAGACUUCCUAUCCCUGCAUCUUCACUGAAGAAUGGCUGCAGGACAUCAAUGAGGGACGCCAUGGAACUGCUCUGUCACAUUGCUUGCUUUGCACAGAUCAAGGAGUAAUCAAGUUGCCCUGGUCUCAAAUUGCCAUCCCAGAGUUUUUAGACAAGCCCAAAAUCAUGCCUACCUAUCGGGAAGCUCCUCCUGAACCAAAACAGAUUUCAGUACCCUCCCUUUAUAACUCCUCCACGCUCCCUGUGGAAGCCAUUUUCCUUCCUGCAAAAGACAGGCUAUCGGCAUCUUUGAGACCUGCAGACUGUUCUUCCAGACUUGUCAAAAUGGAACAUGAAACACGAACUCCCAAAUCAUGUCCAAAGCCUUUAGUCAAACCUGUGGGAUGGGUUUCUCCUAAUACCUGGGACAGUCGAGAGGCAUCUCGAGAGAUUGAGGGUGAUUAUGUUGACCUGGUAGAUAUUGCCAAAGGGAAGGAGUUUGUGGAUAAACAGAAAGGCAGCCAUCCAGAACCACCCGGUUCAGUUUUGUUCAAACCUGUCAGACCACCUCCACCUGUGCCGCUUGGGAAUAAUUUUCCAUGUGGACGCACUCCUCAAUAUGCAGAGGACCCUUUUAUGUUGGGGCAUGAGCCCACUGAUCAAGACUUGAAGUGUAGGUACAGAGACUCAUACGUGGCAGCACUGAGAAACCCAGUCACUUUUGAGAGGGGGAGUGUAGACCUCUUGGCUGCCUUGGAGGAGGUUGGCCUUUGUGAGGAGGGAGAGUUAAGAUCCAAGGGUACAUUUGAAGCUCAAGGAGAUGAACUUGGAAACUUUUGUAACCACUGUAAUAAACCCUUGAUAGGUAAUGAGCUCUGCCAAUACAGACAGUGCUGUCAACUAACAACAGAAAUCUUUGCAUCUCACCUCAAAAACAAUCCUGCAGGUUUUGAAUCAGAGAACCUUAUGAAAGACCCACCCAUGGUCUUGAAAUCAACCCCUGGUUUGAGCCAUAGUCACAGAGUUCAGAUGAAACUUUUUUCCCACCAAUCAGGACCUAAUGCUUGUGUAUCUCCAGGAUCAAAAUUGCUGUUGGAUAACUUUGAUGGUGACAUUAAACUACAUCAGAAAAUGGAGGCUGUGAAGCCUCCAGAAAAACACAAAAUUAAGGUUAGGUCUCUGUCCACCGUGUCAGAGGCUCCUAAAGGGAGUCCACUUCUUUAUAAACUUAACAACAGGAGCCACAGUGAUAUCUGCCCUGAAACAGUCACCAAUGUUAUUCAGUGUAAGAAAAGUGAGGUGUUGGAUCAGAGUCCGGCCAGGGUGGGUCAAGUGACGCAGAAGCUGGAAAGACGAAAGUCCCCUAAAAAAGACCCACAGUCGAGUAGGAGUGAAACUCCCCACGCCACAGAUGGACCGGUCUCCAAACUCCAUAACUCAAAGACGGAAAAGCUUUCUUCUGCAAAUCCUGACACUCAGCAGUGUCCACAAACUGAAAAAUCAAGUUUCAGAAGCAUCAGUGACCUGCUUGAACUGGGCAUUAUUUGUUUGCCAGGCAGCAGGGACAGGACAGGCAGGGCUGUGGUGGAGGUCCAUGUUGACAGAAAAGAGUGGGCAUCCCCUCUCGUGUCAGCCCAGAGUCUCUGUGAUCUGCUGCUCUACUUACACUCCAUACCAAGGAAAGAAAUUCGAGAGCUGGGAAUGACUUUGGUCAUCAAUGCCAGGAAGAAGCCUCCUUUGUUUCACCUCUACAAAGCUCUGCUGAUGGCCCAGGAGCAAGCUCUCCACGCUGUCCACAGUAUUGUGAUGCUGGUGGAUAAAGACACUUGUCCUAAGCCUGAAAAACAGCCAGGACUACAGAUGGACGUGGUGACUUCCAUGAAAGCCCUAAACAAGACAGUCGAGGCUUCCCAGCUGACCUCUGAUCUGGGAGGGACCUUCAUUUACAGCCACAGCGACUGGCUGCAGUUCCAUCAGAGACUGGCUUCUUUCAUGACUGACCUGCAAGGGGCAGACAGCUUGUUGCAGAAGGCAAUCAAGAAAGUGGAUGAUAACAAAAAGAUAGACACUGCCCAGGAAGUGCAGCAAUGUAUUGAGGAACAGAGAGCCUCUAUGAAAGAUGUGCUAGAAGAUGCUCGACUGGUUACUCUGCAAAGAGAAGGUGGGGCCGUACUGGCCAGAAUGAAGAGAGAGGACUUUAGAUUUCCACAGUCUGAGGACUACAGAGAUGCUCUGGAGUCAGUAACAGGUCUGUAUAACCAGGUGGAGGAGAAGCUCCACACUCUGGUGAUGAGAUCAAAUGAGUCACUGCAGCACCUGGAGUUCCUCUUCAGGCUCAGAGAGAUGGAGGCCAAAAUAAGCACGGCUCAGAAGUGGUUCAAUGGAGAAGGAGAGCAGAGGCUGAAGGACUCUUACACAACAGAUGAUACCCUGGAGUGCACUGAAAAGGCCUCGCAGUACUUUGAUCUGUUUCUCACUGAGUCUAAGGAGAAACAGCAGUACGCCCUGACCCUUGUGGCGGAGGCAGAGGGAAUUGUUGGCACGUGUGAUUCCAGUCCUGCAACAGAUAUUUUUCGGGCUCUGGUCAGCACUUUCAAAUCCAAUGUGGAUGAUUUUAUGUUGCGGGCAGAACAGAGGUUCAAAGAACUGGACACGCUGGUGCAUGUGCACCGCUUCUGUGAGCAGGCAUCUGCCCUGGCCAAAGAAUGCAGUCAGUUUUUGGUGAAGGUAGAGCAGGGGUGUUACUCAGCUUCGACCCUGAGCACACUCCAAAUGUAUGAAGAAAGACUAGGUGGCGAAUUCUCCACCCUAAACUUCCAGGCUCUGAAAACUAAGGCCUGUGCUGUCGGAUCAGGGGCCUCAGGGGUGAUGAGAGUUUGGAAUGCAACUUUGGUCCAGUGCCAAAAAGUCAAGCAGCUUCUUGUGGAGAUGCAGAAGAAGAAAAAAGGAGUAGAUAAGAACCAGAUCCAACAGGCCACAGCUGCAAAUCCUCAAGGGGAAGAUGGAGGAAUGGUGAAGAAGGAGAAAAGGGGUGAAGAGGGGGAAGGUGAAUGCUCCAUGACCCAGCAGCUAAGUGAAAAUACCACUGCCCUGUUCUUCACCCACCAUUUAGAUCCUGACCUGAAAGGGGACAAGAAAGGAGAAUCUCAAACACAGACAUUACCUGAAGCACCAGUUAAAAAUGAGAAAAUAACUUCAGCUUUGCCACAAAAUGGCGACUGUCAUCCAGAAAGCAAAUGGAGGCCAAGAGAGCACCACAGUGAGGCAGAUCUGAGGGGCGCAAACUCAGAUGAAAGGGUCAAUGAUGAUUUUCCAUUGCACAAACCUUUGGGUCGCUCCUUAAGCGAGGGCUCAUGUGUGAGUUCCCAUUUGACGAGCAUCUCACCCUUUUUACCUUUGAAUAUACGAAACAAACACUGUCAGAGCAGGACACAGCCACUGGAACAAAAUCUGCAUCACGUCCAAAAUCUGCCCAUUUCCCAUAACGAGAGUGUACGGUCAGGAAACCUGAGCUGUGAGUCAAGAAGUGACGGUAAUGAAGAAGAGGGAGAAGGAUGCACAGCCUCCACCCAGAGUCCUCGAGAUCCAGUGAGCCCAGAGACAUUACUCACACCAACAGAAAACAACGGCAGCAAUGUUUUGAAACUGCAAAGGAUCAUGGAGGAGCUACUGUCCACAGAGAGGGAAUACGUGAAGGCUCUGGGUUACGUUCGCGAGCACUACUUCCCCGAGCUCGAGAGGGCCGAUGUCCCUCAAGACCUCAGAGGCCAGAGGGGGAGCAUCUUCGGUAACUUGGAAAAACUCCACGACUUCCACCAACAUCAUUUCCUGAAUGAGUUGGAGAGCUGCAUGAAUGAACCCUUCAGAGUGGGACGCUGUUUCCUAAGACAUAGAGAGAGCUUUGCUUUGUAUGCCCUUUACAGCAAGAACAAACCACAGUCUGAUACUCUUCUCAUCAAUCAUGGACAGGCUUUCUUCAAGCAAAAGCAGCUGAAGCUGGGAGAUAAGAUGGACCUGUGGUCGUAUCUGCUGAAGCCUGUGCAACGCAUCAGUAAGUACAGCCUACUGCUGCAGGACAUGUUGAGGGAAUGUGGUCCGGGACAAGCCAGAGAGAUGGUUGAGGUCAAGACUGCCUUGGAGGUCAUCCAUUUCCAGCUCCGCCACGGCAACAACCUGCUGGCCAUGGACGCCAUCCACCACUGUGACGUUAAUCUGAAGGAGCAGGGCCAGCUGAUACGCCAGGAUGAGUUCUUAGUAACAUUCAGGAAGAAAAAGUGUUUCCGUCACAUUUUCCUCUUUCAAGAACUCAUACUCUUUAGCAAGACCAGGAAGACAGAUGUAGGUAACGACACCUACAUCUACAAACAGUCAUUCAAGACGUCAGACAUUGGCCUGACCCAAAACAGCGGUGACAGUGGCUUGUGUUUUGAGAUCUGGUUCAGGAAGAGGAAAACUCAGGACACGUACACACUUCAGGCAGUUAGUCGCGAGGUGAAGGAUGGCUGGACCAAGGACCUGGAGCGGAUCCUGUGGGAGCAGGCAGUACACAACAGAGAGGUCCGUAUGCAGGAGAGAGUGUUCAUGGGUAUUGGAAACAAACCUUUCAUGGACAUCCAGCCCAGUGAUGCAGCUAUCAGUGACAGAGCCGUCAACUGUGUACUGAUAGGAAGAGAAAACAAGAUGCUCUCAAUGAUGGGAUCACGUGGUUUGCAGGAUGGCCUUAAUGGGGGGCGGCCAAAAUCUGUCAGUUCAAGGAGCAGUUCAUCUUCCUCUUCUUCCUCUGGAAGGGGGUCCCUGUCCCCUGUGGGAUACCUGUGUGGGUCAAAGAGGACGGUGGUUUCGGGAGGCCUUGGAUACGUGUCAGCUCCUGGAGCUCUGGAGGAGGACGACCUGGACCAUGAGAGUGGGAGUCAUAACCUGUUGUUGGACAGCUCUGAGUCGUCAGGAGAGAGCGUAAGUGGCUUCAGCAGCUCCAGUCACAGCUUCCACUCUGCUAUUGGAGGAGAGACGGAGGACACAUCUUCAAUCUGUGCCUCCACAAUCACCGUUAAGGAGGCAGCGGCUGCUCAUGGAGCUGCAUUCUCUACGGUCUUCCACAAACCAAAUGCUCUGGCAGGAUCCCCAGUAAAAACCCAACCACCAGUUGCACCCAAGCCCAAACCACAAUUCCAGGUUCAGAACACCAGUGUUGGAAAAUCCACUGAGGUUUGACCUGUGACACACGGUCCACGAUGUGAAGACAACCCAAGAAAAGACGAGAGUCGUCUGUUGGUGUCAGCGUUGAAGAUGAAACCUUUAGACAUCCUUUUAUGAUAGCUGUAGCUGUAAUCUAUUGCCACUCUGCAAAUAGGACUUUUUAAUCUCACCGUUAAAACAACAGGACAGAAAAUGUCUGCAAAUGUACUGCAUUUUGAAGUUAAACAGUGAUAUAUUUUGAUACCCACACCUGACAUGACUUUGCAUAGUGUGCUAGUUUCGUAGCUCAGAGGAGCAAGGACUCGUGAUGCUCUUUGAAUCUGUGCUGACCUGUUACUAAACAUUAAGGAAUGUGGCUGAAUAAUUAGGGUGAAAAUAAAUGUGCAGACUUUUAUAAGCACACCUUGUACUGAUCCCAGGGAAUUUAAUAAAAACCUUAUGAAGCUCUGUGAAGAUUCGUAAAAGCAAGAUUAACACCACAGUGCCAUUUUGUGUCCUAAAUACGUUGCCUUUUGUACUGCUUUAUCAAACGUAAUUAUGAAACAUAUGUGUCUUACUCAUUUCCUCUGAAAAUAAAACUCUCCCUUUUUUUAACCAACAGUUUUUGUAUAAACUAAUAUACUUGUGGUAUGAAGAUAUUGAUCUAUGUAACACUUGUAUGGCUUUCCAUUUGAAAUAUUUGCUUGAUGAUAAAUGUGUUAUGUCGACUUUAUUUGUGAUUUUUUUUAUUGCCAGCACAACAGUUUUUGAAAUAAACUUAACUGACAUGCUUA